GAAUGUAGCUGAGUGUUGAGGGUUGGUGAGGGGGGGCGCAAGCAGUUGAGUCCGUAAAAGAAGUGACCGCUAGCUUCAUGUCAACCAUACAGACAUUACUAAACUAGCAAGAGCGGAAAUCUUUCCCAGGGAAGAAGGAGAGGGAGCGACAUAGGGAGAGUGAGGGGGGUCGCUGGAAGGGAUACUGGACUGCAUUUCCUUACGUUUGAACCGACUAAGUAUUCAUAUCGGUUUGGGUUUUACCUAUAUUUAAGAAGCUCGGGAAUAUCAGCUGUAGGAAGGUUAACGUGAGCUAGUCACCGCCAUCUCCUCUCAGACGGAGCGACCGCUGUGUCUUCCACACCAUGGGGAACGCUGCCACCGCCAAGAAGGGCAACGAGCUAGAGAGCGAGACUUUUGCCUUCUCCCAAACUGUAUCAAGUGAUGCACAAGAUGCUCAGACAAACUGCCCCAGUAAUUCUGAGUGUUGUGUUUCCCCCUCCUUUUUUUGAAAAAAGGCUACUAAAUAACAGAAACGAGUAUACUGAGUGUCUUGGCAUGCAUCACUAGUCUGCCUGUCUUGGAUGGUGUUGUCUUGUGUUUUGACUUAUCUUUAGAGCAAAGUAUGUUUUUAGUAUCCCAUUUAAUGUAUAUCCAGAUGAGAGUUAGCUUUGCCCUCUUCUUCUCCAUUGAUGUACACUUUAAUUUCAAUUUCCCACAUUUCUUCCUUUCCCCUUUUAGUACGAAAGCAUUUGGUCUUUUUGCCAGUUUAACCUAAAACCCAAAUGUUUGUUUAUGCCAACAAUCCAGUUUGUUUCACCUGACAAGAGCUAUACACUAACUGUAUCUGUCUGUGCUCUUUCUUUUAGUGAAAGAGUUUCUAGCCAAAGCCAAAGAAGAUUUCUUACGGAAAUGGGAAUGCCCACCACAGAGCACAACGUGCCUAGAUGACUUUGAAAGAUUAAAGACCCUGGGUACCGGCUCAUUUGGAAGAGUCAUGCUGGUGAAACACAAAGGAACAGAGCAAUACUUUGCCAUGAAAAUACUGGACAAGCAGAAGGUGGUGAAACUCAAGCAAAUAGAACACACACUAAACGAAAAAAGGAUAUUACAGGCGGUGAGCUUUCCUUUUCUCGUCAAACUCGAGUAUGCGUUUAAGGACAACUCCAAUUUGUACAUGGUGAUGGAGUAUGUUCCAGGAGGAGAGAUGUUCUCACACCUAAGACGAAUUGGAAGGUUCAGUGAACCACAUGCACGUUUUUAUGCCGCUCAGAUAGUGCUGACAUUUGAGUACCUCCAUUCACUAGAUCUCAUAUACAGAGAUCUGAAACCUGAGAACCUUCUCAUUGACCACCACGGCUACAUUCAGGUGACAGACUUUGGAUUUGCCAAGAGGGUAAAAGGCAGGACCUGGACGUUGUGUGGGACACCGGAGUACCUGGCGCCAGAAAUCAUUCUCAGCAAAGGCUAUAACAAAGCUGUGGACUGGUGGGCCCUUGGAGUCCUCAUCUAUGAAAUGGCAGCUGGCUAUCCUCCAUUCUUUGCAGAUCAACCCAUUCAGAUCUAUGAGAAGAUCGUGUCUGGGAAGGUACGAUUCCCGUCCCACUUCAGCUCCGACUUGAAGGACCUGUUGAGAAACCUGCUGCAGGUGGAUCUGACCAAACGUUACGGCAACCUGAAGAACGGAGUCAACGACAUCAAGGGCCACAAAUGGUUUGCCACAACAGACUGGAUCGCAAUCUACGAGAGAAAGGUGGAAGCCCCGUUCAUACCAAAGUGCAGAGGCCCAGGGGACACCAGCAACUUUGACGACUACGAGGAGGAGGAAAUCCGCGUUUCUUUAACAGAAAAAUGCGCGAAGGAGUUUGCAGAGUUUUAGGAUGCAAGAACAUGGAUAUAUCAGGGAAAUAAGGGGAUCUUUGCACUCUUCUAAAGACUUGGGAUGGAGCAGAGACCAUCGUUUUUCAGAUCUACUUCAUAGUCCCUUCAUUCCAUUAGGCUGAAUGAGGUCGCCAUGAUCCUUGGGUGCCGAAUAACCUCUCACUGUCACGUACACCUGCGUAUUAAAGCAGACGCACCACAUUUUUCUUUUUUUUUUUUUUGUACCUACCCACCGUUUCUUUUUCUUUCUUUUUUUACUUUGAAGCAGAUAGUCUUGGAUGUUGUUAUCCCCUUUUUAAAAUGUGAUAUUUUUCAAUUUAUGAGGAAAAACUGACAAUGGCCAAUAAUAGUCCACACAUUGUAACUGACUUGUCUAUGGCUAUUCCCUCCAGUCGUCGGCGGUGUAUAUUUAAUGGUCCGUUACAAGUCCACAUCACAUUGGCUAUUGUAAAAUUCUGGCCAGCUUUCAGAGGUAGCAUUCGUCCUAUGUGCAUAUCUGUCAGUUUUGUAAGACAUUUUAACACGUCGAGUGUUGAAAGCAUGACCAAAUAGAAAAUGUUGGGUGACACAAGAAGAGAAGUCCUGUCCUUUCUUUGCUUUUUGCUUAGAGAGCCAAGUCCUCAUACCCCCACAGAAGCAUCCAUUCACUGUCUUCUUGGUAUUCUGACCCAGGCACCGCAAGCCAUUGCGGAAAAUGACAAACCUUGUUAUAUACAUUAGUCAAAUGCAAAUCGAGCUGUUUGUUUGAUCCUUUUGGAUCCGUUUGUUACAUGUAAAAUUUGUCAUUUGGUAUCUAACUAUUCUUUUAUCGCUGUGUCAAACAUUAUAGUCAUAUUAUCUGCCUAUUAAGACCCUUUGUUAUGAGUCUGUGGAACAAUGUGACUUCAGCAAAUGGUAAAAGAGUGAAGUGAAAUCCUUUUUAGGAUUUUUAUCGAGUGUAAUGUUAAGUUGAGAAGGUCACUGUGAAUAGUGUUGUGGCUUUGUGCCUCAACAUUGUCAGUGAAACCUAAAAAAAAAAUUGUAAUGUAUUAAAUCAAUUAUGUUUUAAAAUUUUAAGAAACAGGAACGCAAAGCUAUGGUAAACAUAUUUACCAUAUUCUCCCUGUUAACACCCCCCGAACAGAUUUUUGUUUCAUUCUUAUCAAAGAAUGUAGAUUUGCAACUUAUAGGUAUGCAUUUUUGAAGGCUUGAUUUCAAGGUAAAGUUUUCCUCACAAUACACUGGCUAAAUAAAGGCUGCUCCUUAAUAUCACAUCUAA